GUCUGUCACGCUCGCUCCCUCGGCUUCGUUCUUAUCCCCUGUGUUUCCAGUUUCCUUAUAAAGAGAGAGAUAGAGACGAAGAAGAAGAAGGCUUGUUGUGGAAAAAAGUUUAUGAAUAUCUCUGGUUUACCUUUCUGUAACAGGUUUUAUUUUUUUAUACAAUACCCCCCGCCAUUGAAGAUACACUUGAAAAUUAAACAAAGUAGGGCUAUCGUUGUUUCAUGAAUAUGAUAUCGAGUUCUUCGUUAGAACUUUUGAAUUUGAUCUCGUUUGAUGACUUUGACGCUUUGAAUCACAUCCCGAGAGUGAUGACGGUACCCGGAAUCAUAUCUGAGGUGGGAAAAAAUGAAACGAUAAGUCCUGUGGGGUUGAACGACCACAUGGAGGAGAUUCAAGAGCGGAGGAUCAUUGUCGCCAAUCAGCUGCCUUUACGUGCGUUUCGCGAUGAAAACGGGAGAUGGGUUUUUGAGUUUGAUCAAGACAGUCUUUCCCUUCAGCUCAAAGAUGGAUUUUCCCCCGAUGUAGAAGUUUUGUAUGUCGGAGGGUUGAAAGCCGAGAUUGAUGCCGCUGAUCAUGAGGAGGUCUCGCAAGUUUUGUUGGAGAAGUUUAAGUGUGUGCCGGUGUUCUUGCCUCCCGAUGUUCACAACAAGUUUUAUCAUGGGUUCUGUAAGCAUUAUCUCUGGCCUUUGUUUCAUUACAUGUUGCCUUUGACGUCGAGCCAUGGCGCUCGUUUUGAUCGAGCGGAGUGGCUGGCGUAUGUGUCGGCAAACAAGGUGUUUGCGGAUAAAGUGAUGGGGGUAAUAAACUCGCGUGAGGAUUAUGUGUGGAUUCAUGAUUAUCAUCUAAUGGUUUUGCCUUCUUUCUUGAGAAAAAGAUUUCAUAGAGUGAAAUUAGGAUUCUUUUUGCACAGUCCUUUUCCUUCGUCUGAAAUUUACAGGACUCUACCCGUGAGGGAUGAGAUUUUGAAGUCACUGUUGAAUUGUGACUUGAUUGGGUUUCAAACGUUUGAUUAUGCAAGACACUUUUUGUCGACUUGUAGCAGAAUGUUGGGGCUAAAUUAUGAGUCCAGAAGGGGUUACAUUGGUUUGGAUUGUUAUGGGAGAACUGUGAGUAUAAAGAUUUUGCCUGCUGGGAUUCAUAUGGGGCAGCUUGAAUCUGUUUUGUCUCUUGAGGAGACGGCGAAAAAGGCAAAAGAACUAAGGGAAAAGUAUGAUGGGAAGCUGGUGAUGUUAGGUGUGGAUGAUAUGGAUUUGUUUAAGGGGAUUAGUUUGAAGUUUUCGGCAAUGGGUCAACUUUUGGAACUGCAUCCUGAAUUGAGAGGAAAAGUUGUUCUCAUUCAAAUUACAAACCCAGCGAGGAGCAGUGGGAAAGAUGUACAAGAUGUUAUUGAUGAAAUCAAUUCAAUUGCUGAUGAGAUUAAUAAGAAAUUUGGUAGGCCAGGUUAUGAGCCAAUUGUUAUGAUAAACGGGCCUGUCAGUACAUUGGACAAGGUUACAUAUUAUGCAAUUGCUGAGUGUUGUGUGGUGAAUUGUGUGAGAGAUGGGAUGAAUUUGGUGUCUUAUAAGUACACUGUUAGUAGGCAGGGUAGCCCUGUUUUGGACAAGGCCCUGGGAUUUGAUGAGAAGAAUCCAACUCCAAAGAAGAGUGUGAUAAUUGUGUCUGAGUUCAUUGGCUGCUCGCCAUCUCUCAGUGGUGCGAUUCGUGUCAAUCCGUGGAAUAUUGAUGCGGUUGCUGAUGCCAUGGGUUCAGCUUUGAGAAUGCCGGAGACAGAGAAAAUAUUGCGCCAUGAGAAGCACUAUAAGUACAUCAGCUCUCAUGAUGUCAGUUAUUGGGCGAGGAGUUUCGAUCAAGACCUUGAAAGGGCUUGCAGAGAUCAUUCGUUCAAGAGGUGUUGGGGAGUCGGGUUGGGAUUGGGAUUCAGGAUUGUUGCUUUAGGUCCGGAGUUUAGAAAGCUGGAAGUGCGUCGAAUUGGUGAUGCUUACAAGCGGACUAAUAGCCGGUUGAUUCUUUUGGACUACGAUGGGACAGUGAUGCCACAGGCUUCAGUUGACAAAAGACCAAGCAGUGAGGUGAUCUCAAUCUUGAAUAAUUUAUGCAGUGAUCCCAGAAAUGUUGUGUUCAUAGUCAGUGGCAGAGGAAAGGAUUCCUUGAGCACAUGGUUUUCGGCUUGUGAGAAAUUGGGGAUUUCAGCCGAGCACGGCUACUUCCUUAGGUGGACUAGGGAUUCUCCAUGGGAGACCUGCUCUUUGUCGAUGCAUUUUGACUGGAAGAAGAUUGCAGAGCCUGUGAUGAAGCUUUAUACUGAGACAACCGAUGGCUCCUUCAUUGAACAUAAAGAAACUGCACUGGUGUGGCACCACCAGGAUGCCGACCCUCAUUUCGGUUCAUGGCAGGCAAAGGAGCUUCACGAUCAUCUGGAAAGUGUCCUUGCUAAUGAGCCUGUGGUUGUCAAAAGAGGCCAACACAUUGUUGAAGUCAAGCCACAGGGAGUAAGCAAAGGUAUAGUGGUAGAAAAUCUGAUUUCAACUAUGCGAAGCAAGGAUUACUCCCUGGAUUUCGUGCUGUGCAUUGGGGAUGAUCGUUCGGAUGAGGAAAUGUUCGAGAGCAUUGGACAUGCUGUUGCGAAUCCAUCCUUGCCAUCAAUUGCAGAAGUGUUUGCCUGCACAGUUGGUCAGAAACCGAGCAUGGCGAAAUAUUAUCUUGAUGAUACUUCAGAAGUCAUUAACUUGCUUAAAAGCCUUGCUGCAGGGGUAGUAUGUAACAAGUCCGAAACUCCUCAUCAGGAAUCACAGGAAAAAUGACUUACUUUAAAAUGACUACAGGGAAACACGAUACAAUUGGGUUUAGGGCAAUUGAAUACAGGUAGCAUUGUACAGGGAAAUACUACUUACAGGUUUGAUGGUUUACAAUAUAGGUUCAUCUGGCAAAAAAAGACAAAAAAUCCCAGUAGAAAAUUUACAAUUAGUUCAUUCAUAUUCUUCUCUUAAUGUUUCAGUUUUCUGACAGGAAAUUCAUUAGUUUCUGCUUUGUGCAUGAGCUGUAAUGUAUAAUAAUAUUCUUUUAAGAUUUGCCGACAUUAUGGAA